AUGUUGAGAAUUCCUAGGUGUAUUAAUAGACCUAUUUCAAGGCAAUAUUCAACAAACACUUACACUCCCCGUAAUUCCCCCGUUUCUCCCCUCAAGCCCCAGCCUAAACCAACAAACUCGUUCUACUUCACUGGACGCCCGUUAUUUGAGUCUUCUAUCGCCAAUCUAGAAUCGUUGAAGAGACACUCACAAAGAUCCAUCUCCAAUGCCCUCGCCUUGCCUACAAACAAGCUCCACCUUCUCCGCUCCGAGGACUCCCGCGUCUUGUUCAAAUGGCUCAGCCAGGACGCCAUCGAGAAGAGACUCGAAACCCACCUCAAAGCUUCCGAAUACCGCCGCCUGAUCGACCUCCUCAAUUCCAUCACAAAGCUCCUCCCCGCCGCUAACUCUGGUGGUGCACAGACGGCGCAGAUCGUCGACGACAUUCAACUCUCCCUCAGAAACUACGAACCUCCUGGUGGCAGAGAGGUGCACGUAGCCCAGCGCAAACCCGUUGAAAUCGACGACAUUGGCAGGAGUUACACCGUAGGCAAACGUAAAGAGAGUUCCGCCAGAGUUUGGCUGUUGCCUACUUGUAACGAUAAGCAAGUACGCACAAGUGAAAUUCUGGUCAACAACCAACCCGUAAGCGCCUUCUUCCCGCGUCUUCACGACAGAGAACACAUCACCCUCCCUCUCAAAGUCACCGGUCAGCUAGGCUCAUUUAACAUCUUUGCUCUCGUUAGAGGGGGUGGUACGUCGGGGCAGGCGGGAGCUCUUGCGCAUGGUAUCGCUAAAGGUUUGCUCGGUCAGAUUGAUCAGCGAUUCGGUUUGCAGUCGGAUGAUGAACGCAGCGUUAAGAGGGUUUUGAAGAAGGCUGGUCUUCUCCUGCGUGACCCUAGACAAGUCGAGAGGAAGAAAACUAAUCUCGUCAAAGCUCGCAAACAAAGAACUUGGGUCAAGAGAUAG